AUGUUGGGCUUUAUAUCUCGAUUCUCUAGAGGCAUCAAUAAUCCUUCUGCCCUACGUUCUCUCUAUUGUUCGUUGGUAAGACAACUCUUGGAGUAUGCCAGUCCUGUGUGGUCUCCUUAUACAGUUGGUGCCAGGACUAGACUUGAGGCCCUCCAGCGACGCUUCAUUCGUCUGGUCGGUGUGAGGAUUGGCUACAACUAUCCUGAUGUUCCCGUGGAAGCAUUAACUGCAGAACUUAAUAUUCCAACUCUGUCUUUGCGCCGUGAUGUAGCAGAUGUACUCAUGUUGUGGAAGUUAGUUGGCGCCCAUGUGCAGUGCCCAGGUCUUCUCGCUGAAAUUAGUGGUGGUCUGGGGCUAAGGUCUGCUGCCCCGACACGGGUGUCGCUCGUAGAGCUUGGAACUAGUUGUGUAGAGGGCGCUCCAAGCUGCAGCAUGCUCAGGGAGUCUCGCCAGAUGUCCGAGAACAAGGUCGGCGAGUAG